AAGUUCAUGGCAAGUUCUCUUCUUGUUUUAUUUCAUGGAAAUUACUCAGUUAUUUACCAUACAUUUUUCCUCUAUUAAAUACCUUCAUUUUUAUUGCGGCUGUUCUUCACCUCCAUCGAAACAUCCACUUACCUUCCUCUUUUCACAUUUCUUAUUCAAUUUUCAAUACAAAAAAUAUGGUACAAAACACAAACUCUCCUCCUCCCUUUGAUCAUCUUCAAAAUCCACCCAAGAGAAUCUGCCUCUCUUUUCCUUAUGGCUCUGGAGUUGGAGCUGAGCUUUCAAGUCCUCGAUCUUUGGCUUAUCUUGAAAAAAAAUUUCGUGGGGUGAUACGCGAGGUGGUGGAGGCAAAGGUUGAGGCUCACUUUUUUAGGGUCAAAGAAGGAGAAGAAGUUGUUGGUGGUGGAUCUGGGGGAACAAACGAGAAUUUGAGGCUACGUUUCACGAACAGGAUUCCAUCCACCGUCUCAACUGGAAAUAACAUCGAAACCGAGAAUGGGGAGGAGCUGCGUGUUGAAUUAUUUGAUGCUGUUACUGGUCGCAUCAUUGACGUUACUCAUCCUUUGUCGUCGGCGUGGAUUGAGGUUGUUGUCCUCGAUGGAGAAUUCGACGACGAGGAAGCAAUAACUCAAUCGGAUUUCAACAAAAGUAUUGUGCCACAAAGGCUGGGAGAACGACCUUUGUUGGUUGGUGAUGAUAAGGGGUUUCGUUUAGAAAAUGGAGUUCAUUCCAUCACCAAUUUGUCAUUCACUAGAAACUCAAGCAGAAGCAGAACUAAGAAUGUUCGUUUGGGACUAAGGGUUAAACAUGACUCCAACAACAACUAUCCCACAAUCGGAUACGCUGUGUCUAAUCCUUUUAGAGUGAAGGAUCAGCGAGGCCAACUGAACAAGAAACACCAUCCUCCAAGAGGAGAAGAUGAAGUAUGGAGAUUGGAAGGGAUCGGGCGAAAUGGCGAAUAUCACAAGCGCCUAACUUCCCAUGGUAUCCUAAAUGUGGAAGCCUUUGUGAAGGCUUAUCAAAAGGACUCUCGUUCUCUAAGAAAGUGGUUAGGGAAUAGACUUUCAGAGAAGACAUGGAAGACAAUGGUAAAGCAAGCUCUUCAAUAUGUUCCUAUCACCAUCCCCACUUUUGAUCGACCAUACCUACAGCAGGAAAAUCUGGAGCUGCAAAAUGAAGCCAUGGAUCAAAAUGAAAAAGCUGUUUUCAACCAAAACAUUGGUGCAAUUAAUGGAAAUUAUGAGUUCCAAGAGCAAACAUUGUUGGGCAAUUUUCACUUCUUUUGUAAUCCCACAUUUGAAGAUCAUUAUAAUCACACAAUACCAACGUUGUUGUCACCUGGAGAAGCUUCAACUUCAUAUGCCCAAAACAUAAACAAUUAUGACGAAAAUACAAGUACAUGUAACCAAUACUUCCAAGGAACUUGGAACAAGUUGGUCCCCAAACCCAAAUGAUGCAAAAUAAUAAUAAUGAUGUUCUUAAAAUCAAACUAAGAUAUAUACGACCAGUAACAUCAUAUCUUGGUUUUGGGAUGUGAUGAGUGUGUGUUACGUUUGUGUCAACCUAGUUGAGAUAUUUCAGUGUAUCGACUGAUCCCUUCUUCCACUAUUUCUAGUUCAAAAAAAGACCAAUAAGAUAUAUAUCGUCUAGGAGCUAUCUUCUUUAAAAAAAAAAAACUCUAAUCGAGUCAUAGCAAGUGUACUGUAAGAUAGAAGUCUAUAAUGUUAUCUUUUAGUUCGGGAUAUGACGAAGGUGCUAUAGAUGUGUCGACUUAGUUGAGAUAUAUUUUAAUGUUCCUACCGAUCUCUUUAUGUUUCUUAGAACCUUAAAAAAGAAAAAAAAAAAGAAAAGUUUAUUUAUCUUCUGUGUAAUUUCUUAUUUUUUGU